UAGGAUCUUAAAAUACAAGUGUUUUUUUUUUUACUGCAGCUAUGGCAGAGGUUGGUUCUCGCUCAAAAUUUUAUGCUUACAACUCUAUGCUAUGUCUUUUAAAAGCCUUAGAAGGAAAGUAUGUAACUGUAGAGAUCCGUAAUGAUAAAGUGAUUAAAGGCUUUUUAGAUAUGGUUGAAUCAAAUAUGAACCUGAAUAUGUCAAGUGUAGUUCUGACAGAUGUGGUGGGCAGAUCAAAGCAGUAUGCAAGAUUUUACAUUCAAGGUAGACAAAUUCGUUAUGUUAUGAUACCAGAUGAUGUGGACAUUAUCAAGGCUAUGAACUGGCAAUUGGGCAAACAUGAAUACUUCAGAGUUAAAGAGAGAAAAGAGCAAGUAAAAUUGUUUCAAAGAAAAGUUAAAAGCAGUGAAGAAAGAGCUGCAAAAAGGAAGGAAUGAUGUA